CACUACAAAAACCUAACAGCCUUCACAAAUAUUUCCCUCUUUCGCUCGCUUCGCUUUGCCCAAACACUCGCCUCCAACUCCACGGAUCAGAUCCGAAGAGUUUGGCAAACCCUAGCUUCCUCUCUUCAAUCUCCAUCUUUUUCUUCUCUAACAAUCCACAGCUAUGGCAGGUUUAGCUCCAGAAGGAACCCAAUUUGAUUCUCGCCAAUACGAUGCUAAAAUGAAUGAGAUUCUUUCAGCCGAAGGGCAGGAAUUUUUUACCUCAUAUGAUGAAGUUUAUGAAAGUUUUGAUUCGAUGGGGCUGCAAGAGAACCUCCUCAGAGGCAUUUAUGCCUAUGGUUUUGAGAAACCAUCUGCAAUUCAGCAAAGAGGUAUAGUUCCCUUCUGCAAGGGCCUUGAUGUGAUUCAGCAGGCUCAAUCUGGAACUGGAAAAACUGCAACUUUCUGCUCUGGGAUACUUCAGCAACUAGAUUAUGGUCUGGUCCAGUGCCAGGCAUUAGUUUUGGCACCGACUAGGGAGCUGGCUCAACAAAUUGAGAAGGUUAUGAGAGCUCUUGGAGAUUAUCUUGGAGUUAAGGUUCAUGCCUGUGUGGGAGGAACAAGCGUCCGGGAGGAUCAACGCAUUCUUCAAGCUGGUGUUCAUGUAGUAGUUGGAACACCUGGUCGUGUGUUUGACAUGUUGAGGAGGCAGUCUCUUCGCCCAGAUUGUAUUAAGAUGUUUGUAUUGGAUGAAGCUGAUGAAAUGCUUUCCCGAGGUUUCAAAGAUCAGAUCUAUGAUAUUUUCCAGCUGUUGCCAUCAAAAAUUCAAGUUGGGGUGUUCUCAGCCACAAUGCCACCAGAAGCAUUGGAGAUCACUAGAAAGUUCAUGAACAAGCCUGUCAGAAUCUUGGUAAAACGUGAUGAGCUUACUUUGGAAGGUAUCAAACAAUUUUACGUAAAUGUUGAUAGGGAAGAUUGGAAGCUUGAAACUCUAUGUGAUCUGUACGAGACUCUGGCUAUCACUCAAAGUGUUAUCUUUGUUAACACACGUCGCAAGGUCGAUUGGCUUACGGACAAUAUGAGAAGCCGUGAUCAUACCGUAUCGGCCACUCAUGGUGACAUGGACCAGAACACUCGUGAUAUAAUCAUGCGUGAAUUUCGCUCUGGGUCGUCUCGUGUUCUUAUCACAACUGACUUGUUAGCUCGUGGUAUCGAUGUCCAGCAAGUGUCCCUUGUCAUAAAUUAUGAUUUGCCGACCCAACCCGAAAAUUACCUUCAUCGAAUUGGUCGAAGUGGGCGUUUUGGAAGAAAGGGCGUUGCCAUCAAUUUUGUUACAAAUGAUGAUGAGAGAAUGCUUUUUGAUAUUCAGAAGUUCUAUAAUGUGGUCAUUGAGGAGCUGCCAGCCAAUGUUGCAGAUCUCCUAUGAUGAGGUUUUUGUUUGUUUUUUUUUUGUUUUUGUUUUUGUUUAUAGGGAUGGGAUUUCUCUCUUAUCUCUGAAUGACACUAUUUAGCCUCCCCCCACUUGAACUCCUCUAUUUUUAUCUUCCCUUUGUUUUCAUAUAUUAGUAUUGUCAAACUGACAUUUUGUUAAUGAUUUAUUUCCUGCUUUCUGUGCAA